GAUGCGGCGCUGGAGAUGUUUUAACUCCCCCCUGAGCUGCCCUGACCCACUGCCAUGAAGAAGAAGACGGCCAACGGGAGGGGGUCGGAUCUGGCAGCCCCCCUGCCACGUGCCCGGGGCAUCGCCAAGCCAGCAGAGUAUGUGGGCUCCUUCGCGGUGGAGGACCUGGACCUGCAGCGGCAAGCGGGGCGGCUGGAGGAGCAGCUGCGGGCGCUGAAGGACUGCCCCAGGAGGAGGCCAGUGGUGCUGAGGUUCAGCUUGCAAGGGCUGAAGGUCUACGGUGCUGACGGGGAGACGCUGCUGAUGGCGCACGCCCUGCGCCGGAUCCUGUACAGCACCUGGAGGCACGCUGAGCGCCAGUUUGCCUUUGUGGCCCGCAACCCCUACAGCCCCCCCAGCGCCCUCUUCUGCCACCUCUUCGUGGGCCCCUCGGGUGAGGUGCAAGUCCUGCACCUCCUGCUCUGCCGCUCCUUCCAGCUCGGCUACCUCCUGGCGCACCCCGAGGAGCAGGCGGGCGAGGGGGAGCUGCCAGGUGCCGGGGUGCUGCGGGAGCCGCUCAACCCCGAGGAGGUGUCACGAAAUGUCAACGCGCUCGUCUCCUUCCGGCGCCUGCCUGCACCCAUCGGCCUCGGCUCGCUGGGUGCAGGGGAGCGGCGGCCGGAGGCCGAGGGCCGAGCUGGGGGCUGGCGCCCGGGGAACCCCUACUGCUCCCCGGUCCUGGUGCGCAAAAAAGCCAUCCGCAGCAAAGUCCUGCGCUCGGGCGCCUACCGUGACUGCGGGGCCGAGAGCCAGCCGCCCCGCGAGGCCGCGGCCUCGGGAUGGGAGAGCAAAGGGGCGCGGAGCCUGGCACUGCUCCCCGAGAACGAGAGCGUCCUGGCCGAGAGCGUGUGGGCAUUUGCCGGCAUCGCCAGGGACGGUGGCAUCGCGCUGCUGCGCAGGGACGUCCCCGGCGCCUUCCUGCUGCGCCCCGAGCCCGGCCUGGCCAAGCGCUGGUGCCUGUGGGUGCGGGCGCCCUGCGGCGUCGUCCCCUACUGCGUCUUCAGGACACCCCAGGGACGGUUCUGCGUGGAGCACUCCAGCGCGGAGUUCGCCAGCGUGGCGGCCCUGCUGGCCCACUACUCCGGGGCGCCGGGGGGCUGCUUCUGCCGCCUGGCCCCCGGGCGCUGCAACCCCGGCUACGAGGAGCAGGACCCCAGCGGGGCCAGUGCCUGGGGGGAGGCCGCCUGGGCCCCCGCCGUGGUGCAGCACGAGCGGGGCUAGGCCCGGCCGCCCCCGGCCCCCUCCCAGCUUUAGGCCGCUGCCGCCUGCCUUACCCACUCCCUCCCUGCGCGCCCGGCGGCCCGCGCGGCCCCGCGGGCAAUAAACGGCUCCUGCUCCCGG